AUACAUUUCUUCAGGGAACGGGGCAAGGUUCGUGGAACCGACGUGAUUGCCAACUAUUGCCUUCCACCUGAUAUUGUUGAUCGCCUCAUUGGAAUUCCAACAAAGCCGUACACUCCCGAUGAAAUUGGACGCAUCCUGAGUUUGAGAGCUGAUGAGGAAAACGUGAGGAUGGAGGCUAGUGCACUCACUCUGCUGAAAAUGCUAGUGGCCGAGACAUCGAUGCGGUACGCCAUGCAGAUAAUCGCUUUAGCGGAUUGCCUUAGGGAGCGCAAGAAAAAGCCAAUGGUGACAAAAGAAGACGUCGGCGAGGCGUACAAAAUGUUCUACGACACCAAGAGAAGUGAGCAGUACCUGAAACAGAACUCGAGCAAAUUUUUGUUGUAA